AUGACACAUUCAUGUUGGUCACUCUCUGAAUAUAGCUCCACAGAAGGAUUUCGUAAAGCGAUCGGCAAUACAAUAGAUUGGGCUGCGGCUGCGGCUGCUGCCACUGAAAUUCCGCUACUCCCAGCAUUCUACGAAAUAAGAUGCGUG